CUAAAUCUAAUAUUUUUCUUUUAAAAUAAAUUAUAUAUGAAAAUAAUCAAGGUAUGGGCAUUACAAGUUACAAGGCCUAUUUGGUAAUUUGAACAAAAAAAUAAAAUAAAAAAAUAAAAAAAUACAAAAGCAAAGAUUUAAGCUUUGAAAUUUGAAUCUGAUAUGUAUGUAUCUGAGUCGUCUGAGUCCCCCAAUCAGUUGGAAUGAUUCCUGCCAAAGCAAAAGUAGAGCAACCAUUAAAGGAAGCAUAUAAAAAACACUAAAGAUCCCAAGAACUCACAGAGAAGGAAGCCUUGGUACCAAAGAGCAAUAGAGAUGGCAACACUAUGGAAAUCCCUUCCAAAUAAACCUCCCAAAAAUCCCACAAAGCCCUACAACCUUUGGAGACCAAUUAUAAACUCGAAAACAAACGACACGAACCCCACGACAAACCCUACUACGAGGAACAAGCUAAGGAAAUGCACCUCGUUAAGAGUGGCAACAUCGUUCACUCGAGUUUGUCUAUGCGCACCGAUUUCUUCGUACAACGAGGUUUUUCAAGUGGACCACGUUCCUCCGAGAAGGAGCUAUAGCUACCCGAGGUCAUCUUCUUCGAAGCCUAAUUUACACCACGGAACAACACAAGACGGUAUAAUUAGAAGUACUCCGAGUGCAAGAAUGAGUAUCGAAGGGCGGAAGAUUUUUCGCGGAAAAUCUUUGACGGACGACGUUUUGAUGAGAAGAUUUGUUGUUGAGGAAGAAGCAAUGAUGCAAGUUAGGAGAAGGAAUGAGAUGGAAAUUAUUAGGAGAAGAAGUGCUAUGAGGAGGAGAAAGCUUGGCCCAAGUCCUUUGAGUAGAAUGGUGUUGGUUGAGGAGGAGGAAUACUAAGCAUAUAUUAUGAAAGGGGCGAUUAUAAGUUUUAUUUCCUUUUAUUUAAUUUUUUUUUUCUUCCCACUCUAAUUUUGUAUUGGAAUUGGUGUUUUUUUUUUUUUUUUUUUUUAAUUUGCUUGUGUUUUUUGAUGGGAUGAGUUAUAUUUUAGCUAAUUUUCUUAAUUUCGGUUUAUGUGGAUUAAUCAAGAAAAAAUACAAGUAAGAAUUGUGAAAAACAAAUGACUAUGUUUUUAGCUAGGGAAACUUAGCUAAUAUAUAUGAGAUUCCGUUUUAGAACAACAUUUUUCAAUCCGAAUUCCAAAAUUUCGAG